UGAUCUCUUGCUUUCAAUAUUUGAACACAUCUCUGUUUAUAUAUAUAUACAAAGUCCAAAAGGAGAUCAAGCAAUAGUUCAACAAAUGAUGAAUAAACGAACCGAGGUAGCAAUUAUCGCAACCCCCACAAUUGGCAACCUUGUGCCAGCCGUGGAGUUCGCCACACACUUGAUCAACCAUCAUUCGAAUCGUAUAUCCGUCACAAUACUCGACAUCUCCAUGCCUCAAUGGCCACUAGUCCACGACUACAUCCAAUCGCACACUUCAACCCAACACAUCCGGUUCAUCAAACUUAGCCCACCUAACUCUGAUCAACCCAUAGACCGACACAAAUCGGUCAUCGAGUUCAUUUCACUUCAUAUCAAAAAUCAUAAACAUAUAAUUAAGGAAACACUUAAAAACAUUCCACUUGUAGGAUUAUUCAUUGAUAUGUUUUGUACUUCCAUGAUUGAUGUUGCCAAUGAACUUAACAUUCCAUGUUACAUGUUUUUUCAAUCUCCUGCGGCUUAUCUUAGCUUUGUACUUCACCUCACAGCUCUGGUCGCAAAACCAGGUUCUGUGACCGAGUUAAAAGUACCAGGUUUUACUAACCUGGUACCACCAAAUGCUUUUCCAUCUUAUUGUAUAGAUAAAGAUGAACUUGGUUACUCAUGUUUUAUACAUCACACACUUAGGUACAAAGAGACCAAGGGUAUUGUCGUAAAUACGUUCCAAGAGCUCGAACCCUAUGUACUUGAAUCUUUGUCUUCUAGUUAUAAUAUACCACCGGUUUACCCGGUUGGGCCGAUUAUUGAUCAUGCAGGACCGGCUAAGUGGCAUGGAAACCGGUCCGCUCAUGAAAAGAUCAUUCAAUGGCUAGAUCAACAACCCGAGUCAUCGGUUGUUUUUUUGUGUUUUGGUAGCAUGGGGAGCUUGAACCGGGUUCAAGUGAGAGAAAUAGCAACCGGUUUAGAGAAAUCUGGAUACCGGUUUUUGUGGACUAUACGUGAACCGCCAAAAGGAAAGCUAGCGCUUCCAAACGAUUAUCAUGAUUUUGAUGAUGAUCUGUUUCCAAAUGGGUUCAUUGAUCGGACGGUUGGUAGAGGUUUGGUGUGCGGGUGGGUCUCACAAGUAAGUGUGUUGGCCCACAACGCGAUUGGUGGGUUCGUGUCACAUUGUGGUUGGAACUCGAUACUGGAGAGUAUAUGGUACGGUGUGCCAAUUGCCACAUGGCCUUUGUAUGCUGAACAACAUUUGAACGCAUUUGAAAUGGUCAAAGAGCUUGGAUUGAGUAUGGAGAUAAAAAGAUUGGAUGAUAAAAAGAGCGAUUUAGUGUUGGCCCAUGAUGUGGAGAAAGGUGUGAGGGAGUUGAUGGAUGGUGAGUUAAGGAAAAAAGUGAAAGAGAUGAGUGAAAAGUGUAAGAAGACUCUGGUGAAAAAUGGGACUUCUUAUCAAGCUUUAGAUGACUUGGUAAAUGGUAUUUUACCUCAUGUUUAAAAACCUGAUUUUUGGUUUGCCUUUUUUGUGUUUUUAUUCUAUCAACUUGAGAAGUGAAUUUAAAUGAUACUUAUUAUUUUUCAUUUUAACUCAAA